AGGCCGGGAAGGUUUCUAGGGCGGACGCUGGUCCGGUCUCUCCUAGGCGUCCUACAGAGCCUGGGAGUGCUGCAGCUUCCCUGGCCCGCUGCGCAGCGUCGGCCCUGCAGACAUGUCGGGGUUCAGCCCGGAACUUAUCGACUACCUGGAAGGGAAAAUCUCCUUUGAAGAGUUCGAAAGGCGGAGAGAAGAGAGAAAAACCCGAGAGAAGAAAAGUGUUCAGGAAAAAGGAAAAUCAUCACCCAAAGAAAACCCAGAUGACUCCGAAGUUCCAUCCUCAUCAGGAAUUGACUCUGCCAAAUCCCAGGACAAAGACGCCAAUGAAGGAGAAACAUCAGAUGGGGUGAGUAAGUCAGUUCACAAAGUCUUUGCUUCCAUGCUUGGAGAGACUGAAGAUGAUGAAGAGGAGGAAGAAGAGGAGGAGGAGGAAGAAACAGCAGAGCAACCCACUGCAGGCGAUGUAUUUGUGUUGGAGAUGGUUCUCAACCGUGAAACCAAGAAAAUGAUGAAAGAGAAGAGGCCUCGGAGUAAACUCCCCAGAGCCCUGAGAGGUCUCAUGGGUGAAGCCAAUAUUCGCUUUGCUAGAGGAGAACAUGAAGAAGCCAUAUUGAUGUGCAUGGAAAUCAUAAGACAAGCUCCUUUGGCUUAUGAGCCAUUCUCUACACUUGCCAUGAUAUACGAGGAUCAAGGUGACAUGGAGAAAUCAUUGCAGUUUGAGUUGAUUGCUGCACAUUUAAAUCCCAGUGACACAGAAGAAUGGGUUAGGCUGGCAGAAAUGUCUCUGGAACAAGAUAACAUUAAGCAGGCUAUUUUUUGCUAUACAAAAGCUCUUAAAUAUGAACCUACUAAUGUCCGUUACCUGUGGGAGAGAUCAAGCCUUUAUGAACAGAUGGGUGAUCAUAAAAUGGCCAUGGAUGGCUAUAGGCGCAUUUUAAAUCUUUUGUCUCCAUCUGAUGGAGAACGUUUUAUGCAGUUGGCUAGAGAUAUGGCAAAGAGUUACUAUGAAGCCAAUGACAGCGCUUCAGCUAUAAACAUAAUUGAAGAAGCUUUCUCAAAACAUCAAGGCUUAGUCUCCAUGGAAGAUGUUAACAUAGCAGCUGAAUUAUAUAUUUCCAACAAGCAGUAUGACAAAGCUUUGGAGGUAAUUACAGAUUUUUCUGGAAUUAUCCUAGAAAAGGAAACUUUGGAAGAAGGCACCUCAGAAGAGAAUAAAGCUGCUGAGACGGUUACCUGCUCUAUACCUGACAGCGUGCCAAUAGACAUCACGGUGAAGCUGAUGGUCUGCCUUGUACAUCUCAACAUCCUUGAGCCCCUCAAUCCUCUUCUGACAACACUGGUAGAACAGAACCCUGAAGAUAUGGGUGACCUCUAUCUUGAUGUUGCUGAAGCUUUUCUGGAUGUUGGUGAAUAUAAUUCUGCCCUUCCCCUGCUCAGUGCCCUGGUUUGCUCUGAAAGAUACAACCUCGCAGUGGUUUGGCUUCGGCAUGCAGAAUGUUUAAAGGCCUUGGGCUACAUGGAACGUGCUGCUGAAAGCUACAGUAAAGUGGUUGAUCUGGCUCCACUCCAUUUGGAUGCAAGAAUUUCACUUUCCAUCCUGCAGCAGCAGCUAGGCCGUCCUGAGAAAGCUCUGGAAGCGCUGGAACCCAUGUAUGAUCCAGACACCUUAGCCCAAGAUGCCAAUGCUGCACAGCAGGAACUGAAAUUACUGCUCCAUCGUUCUACUCUAUUGUUUUCACAAGGCAAAAUGUACGGCUAUCUGGAUACCUUGCUAACCAUGCUCGCCAUGCUUUUAAAGGUUGCGAUGAAUAGAGCCCAAGUUUGUUUGAUAUCUAGUUCCAAAUCUGGAGAAAGACAUCUCUACCUUAUUAAAGUGUCAAGAGAUAAAAUAUCAGACAACAACGAGCAGGAAACAUCAAAUUAUGAUGCAAAAGCAAUAUUUGCUGUACUCACGAGUGUCUUGCCGAAAGAAGACUGGUGGAACCUUCUCUUAAAGGCCAUAUAUACCUUGAGUGAUUUGGCUCGGUUCCAAGAAGCUGAAUUGCUGGUAGAUUCUUCCCUGGAAUAUUAUUCAUUUUAUGACGACAGACAAAAACGCAAAGAACUAGAAUACUUUGGUCUUUCUGCUGCUAUUCUGGACAAAAAUUUCAGAAAAGCAUAUGACUAUAUCAGGGUAAUGGUAAUGGAAAAUGUCAAUAAGCCCCAGCUGUGGAAUAUUUUCAAUCAAGUUACCAUGCACUCCCAAGAUGUAAGACAUCAUCGAUUCUGUCUCCGUCUGAUGCUGAAAAACCCAGAUAAUCAUGCUCUGUGCGUUUUAAAUGGACACAAUGCAUUUGUAUCUGGUAGUUUCAAACAUGCACUUGGACAGUAUGUCCAAGCCUUCCGUGCCUAUCCCAGUGAGCCGCUCUACAAUCUCUGCAUAGGCCUCACCUUUAUUCACAUGGCAUCUCAGAAGUAUGUGCUGAAGAGACAUGCUCUGACUGUGCAGGGCUUUUCCUUCCUUAAUCGAUACCUCAGCAUCCGUGGACCUUGCCAGGAAUCUUUCUACAAUUUGGGCCGUGGCCUUCAUCAGCUGGGGCUGACACACCUUGCAAUCCACUAUUACCAGAAGGCUCUGGCACUCCCUCCACUUGUGGUCGAGGGUAUAGAAGUUGACCAGUUAGAUUUACGAAGAGAUAUUGCCUACAACAUGUCUCUCAUUUAUCAGAGCAGUGGGAACACUGCAAUGGCUCAAAAGCUUUUGUAUACCUACUGUGUCAUAUAAGCAGUGUAAUUUAUAAGACGAUGUAUGGACCAGUAUCUUCUAACGGGACCUCAUUGUUCUUGAUGAUAAAAAUGGUACUGUCAUCACUGCUUGCUACCAUUACAACUGCUUUGAAGCAGGGGAUGUAGCUCAGCUGUAGACUGCCUGCUUGCUUCAUAUGUACAAGGCCCCAGAUUCAAGCCUUUGGAAAAUUGAAACACAGCUUUUACUCUGGAAUAUAUGCAAAGUUGCUAUUCCUAUGAGAAUGUACAUAAUAUUCUUUGUUGUUAGCAUUCUACAAUAAAAUUAUUCCAAACACUGAAAUGGACAAUAUUGCCUUCUGAAUCAGUUGGAAUGGAACAUACUAUUUUUCUACUUAAUAUCUGCUAAACUCCUGUGAACCAGAUGUUUUGACAGGUGCUGGUAAUAUUGGAGACAGUGUGGUUUGUCCUUCAGGCAUUACAGAGUACACUACUGAGAUAGUCACCACUGAGGACAAUUAUUUAUGUAUUUAUUUUCUUGUACUAUAUAUUGAAACCAGGACCUUGUACUACUAUGCUAAGCAAGUGAUAUACCACUGAGCUACAGCCUCAGCCUGCACAGUUUUGUUUGUUUUGUUUUGUUUUGUUUUGUUUUGUUUGUUUUGCUUUGUUUGUUUGUUGAGACAGGGUUUCUCUUAGUAGUCUUGAUUAUCCUGGAAUUUACUUUGUAGACCAGGCUGGCCUUGACCUCAGGCCUACCUCUGCCUUCCAAGUGCCAGGAUUAAAGGCGUGUGCCACCAUCACUCAGUUGCACAGUUCUUAAAUAUAAAGUGUGAACAUGUAUUUCUUUGAAAGAAAUAUUUGUUCCAUUUAUAUAUGGCACCAUUUCUUAUAGCCAUUACUGUCCCAUAGUGCAAUGUUCAAAUACACAUCAAAGGAAGUUGGACUCUUUUUUUUUUUUUUUUUUUUACUUCUCUGACUUUUGGCUAAGCUCAAGUUCAGAACGCUGCCUUGGAGGAAGUAAUGAGACGGCUUAUUCUGAGCUAAAAAUGAGUGACAUCUGCCCUGAAGCAACCCAAGUUUUUGUGGAUAACGUGUCCCAUCAUUAAAGAGGUUCUACAUACUUUUAUAGCCAAACAAAGUCCUAAAACGAGAUCCUUGACAAAUGUCUUCCUGGGAGUUUAGAUGGCAAAGCUCUGCAGAGCGAGAAGCUGUGCCUCAUCCAGCUUUUAUCUCAGAUCAUCCAGAGAUCCGAUGAGCAAUGCACGCACGAGAUGCUUGCGGAAGUUGGACUCUUAUGGUAAUAUAAUUACUUAUAUUACUUUGUUAGUCAGCACCUAACAAAAUUAUUUAAGAUGAUUUUAUGGUGGGAAGACAAAUAAUUGACUAAUUUGACAUUCAUCUGUGGGUAUGUUAAUUUCAGAUAAUAAACCUUGGAAUCAGGCUUAAUUCAAAGCCCAAUGUUCCAAGGCAUAACAACCUUGGCUUCCCACUGGAGAAAAGGGAUGGUCGUGUUCAGUUACUGUCAUGCUUUCCAGUUCAAGAAAGUUUAGUACUAUCAGAAUACUAAAGAGGGGGAAGUUGGAUAUAUGGAAUGAAGUGUUGACAGGGUUUAAAGAUAUUUUACUUCAUUAUGUGUUCUUGAAUCUCAGAUUGAAAAAAAACAUUUGCUAGAUAGACUGUUUCUUGGAAAAUAACUGCUAUAAUGUAUGAUUGAUUCUAAGACUGAUCCAGUUGUAAAGGAAAACCAUGUGAGACCGAGGAUCAAAAUACAAUGGCGACUUUAGGAGUUCUUCCCACUCUUUAUAUUGUAUACUCAGCUCCCCAGUUGAAAAGUAGAACUUGUGAGUAGUUAGUAAAUGUAUCUUGUAUUCUGUAUGUUUCUAUAUGUAAAUAAAUCCUAUUUUUAUAAUUGACAUUUCACCUUUUAAACUUUUCAUUUCAUGCCAUUUAACAAUUGUGAUGAAGCUAACUAGUUGUGAUUGAUAAAUUUAGGUCUUGGCAUCCUGUGUGAGCAUUUUGUGUGUAGUUUUUCCUGUGGAC